GGAACCCGACACACUUGCUUACGCAAUGUCGUAAAUCUGGAAAAACCCAUUCCAAUGAAUCUGCCUAAUUUUGCUGUAUAAAUACGCAGUUAUUCGUGAAUUCCCGCUCAGUUUGAAACGUACGUCAAAGUGCCAUACAACGAAAUUUAACCUGUUCCCCAGCCUCAUCUAUAAAUUAAUUCUUUUCAAGUUUCUUUUUCAUUCUUGGAUGGAAAUGGCUACGAAAUCGAUUGUAAGGUACAUUUUCACCAUUUUAUUUGUUUCGGUCAUUUGCUGCAAAUGCCAAUCAAACAAAAACCCAAAAACAAACAACCCCGGCGGUUCUUCUUCUUGGGCGAAACUGCAAAUCUCAGCGGACACGUUAAGUUCCAUGAAUUACGGCAACUUUCUCAUUGAAAUUUACGAACACGCCAAUAAUCACAAGCAAACGACAACAGCCAGCCAGAAAAAAUAUUUCUACGCUCCCAUUGCGCUGCUGGACCACAAAAGUGCCGUUAGUAUUUACAACAAUGGCACGAAACAAUUAGAGAUGAGAUUUCGUGUAGAAAUGUGGAACGACAAAGUCCAAAAUGAAGUUGUGAAACAUUUAAAUGACAUUGUCGGUCAUGAAAUCAAAUCAAACAGAGUGACAGUCAUUCCCUUGGAGAAGGUCAUUCUCGCCAGCAAAAUACCCACAACAGAUUAUUCGCCAUCGCCAGUGUGGACGAAUUAUGACAAGAGCAAAACCAUCUGGUUUUAUAUGUCAUGUAAUGACCGGAAAAUCUGCGACGAACUGGCCAAUCAAAUGCGAUCGAAUCCCAAUCAAUUUGACCAUUUGAAACUUCUGUACAGUUUGUCAUCGCAGACGUCACAAACAAAACAGACGACCAUCCGCAUCGAUAGCCUCACUUCCGGUCAAAUGGUCUCGACUCUUUUACAAAAAUUUGAAAACAAAAACGAAAUUUUUCUGACGGCCAACGACGAGAAGAAAAUGUUGACGGAAACGGCCACCAACAUUCGAAUGGACACAUUUGACGACUACGAGGUCGGGUCGCCUAAUACGGAAUCUCAAAUUUCAGAUAUUUUAAAAGGUAUGCUUGUCACGUCCAAGGCGACCAUAACUAAACAAAGUGACAAAAUGUGGGACUCUGUUUUCUGGAAUGACGACAAUUACCGGCCGGACAAGACGACGAAAACUUUAAAUGAAAUCAUCAACAAAAUGGACAAGGAAACCCAAAAGAAAUUGGCGGAUAUGUUCCAAAAAGCGGAGAAACAGUCUGAAAUAACAGAAAAAUUAACUUCGAGUAAUAAAGAGGAGGAAAGAAAAGGAGAGGAACAAGUUCGUCGUGAAAAUCAAUCGAAAGAUGCAAAUGAAAAUGAAAGGAAAAGAUCACAAGCAACGGACCAAGGUCAAUCCAGCCGCAAUAAAAGUAAAGAUGACAAAUCUUUAACUGUUAAUGCUGAUGGGGAAGCAAAUGUGCAAGGGAAAGUGGCUUUGCCAAUAAAGAUUCCUUUAUUGCCGAAGCUCGACCUCAGUGGUGGAGGUAAAUUCGCAGUAGAUUACAAUAACACGCACAAUACUGAACAAGAAAAUGAGAAGAGUGGCAGGGCAAAAACUAAUUCUGAUGAAUAUGGCAGAAAGUUGGAGAAUAAAGAAAAAAUCCAACACAAUUUUGACUUAAGCAGUUGGGAUGACGUGGACCGAAUCAGUUCAACAAUUUCAGGGAAAAUGGCAAAAGAUUCCGAUCGUUCCCGGCGUGUAGAAAAAUCAAAAGAAGAAAUGGCAAAAUUAUUACAAGAAAGUAAAAAUCACGUCCAAUGGGACGGAGAAAAAUUCGUGCCCAAACCGAUGCAAUUGAGCCGAAUCAAUUUGGCCAAAUUUCGUGAUUCUCAAUCGUUUCAGGACCGCAACGAUCGUGUCCGUUACACGACCGCCGAACUGUCGGCGCCAAUCAAGAUUAUGGAACACUCAGAAUUGACCGUCACUGACGAAUGGAACAAUUUAAAGGACGAAUUCAAAGCCACUACUAAGCUGUUAAGUACAACUGUGAACAACUUGGUGAAAACAAAUACCGAACUGAGAAAUGCGAAGAGCGAUUUAACUAAAACGCGAAUUGAUUUCACUAAUAAAUUAGAAGGAACUAAAAAGGAGUUGGGGAAAACCAAAAUCGACUUGGAGAAAACGAAGGCCAAUGUCAAUGAUCUCUCUAUAAAGUUAAAUGAGACUAAACAGGAGUUGGUGAAAACGCGAACAGAUUUCAUCAAAACCGUCGAUGAUUUAUCUGCAGAAUUAAAUGACAAAGUUCUAGUGAUGCAGAUGGCUACGCAGAGGUGGAUGAACUCGUGGAACGCGUGGAAAGCCGAUUCCUAUUCGGACACGGAUGGAUUGCACUCGUUGAAUUACAGCUACCCCGUGAAAUGCGACGAGCAUUAUUAUGGCGACAGUUGCGCAAAUCUCUGCCGACCCCGCGACGAUAAAUUCGGCCACUACACCUGCUCGGAACCCAACGGUGAUAAGGUGUGCCUACCCGGAUGGAGCGGCGAAUACUGCAGUAAAGCCAUCUGCUUGCCUGGAUGCCAUGAUGCAAACGGUUUCUGCAACGAUCCCAACGAAUGCCUGUGCAAAUUGGGAUGGCAGGGAAAGUUGUGCGACCAGUGCAUCCGCUAUCCAGGCUGUGUGCACGGCUCCUGCCAGCAGCCGUGGCAGUGCUACUGCAACAAUGGUUGGGGCGGUUUGUUUUGCAAUCAGGAUCUCAACUACUGCACCAAUCACAAGCCCUGCAAGAACGGCGGCACCUGCUUCAACACUGGCCAGGGCUCCUACACCUGCACCUGUCCGGCCGAGUACACUGGAACCGAUUGCGAAUUGGUCAAAGAUGAUUGCACCACCGUCAUCCCUUGUCUCAACGGCGGCACUUGUCUGGACCGAAUCAACGAGUACAAGUGCCUCUGCCCGCGCGGAUACUCGGGACUGCGAUGCGAACGAUCCGCCGACUGAUGCUUCGCUCUCUGUCGCCCAGAUCGGUAACCGAAGGCCUUGAAAUGGGAGAAAAUUCAUUUGCUUUUAAUUCAUUUAGGGUUUGGGAUUUUAUCUUAAUUUCUUCACAGUUCCAUGCUCAUUAUAGUUGUGCAUGGCCCAAAGAAAAUUCACGCGUCUAUCUGCAAAAUCAAGGGCAACCUUGAUGGGGAUUGAAUUUGAU